GCUUUUCUCUUGUAGUUUACAACUGCCGUAACUUUACACCCUUAUUUACUGUACUUUUUCACUAUGGCCGUCAGAGAACAAGUUUAUGACCUUGUUGAACCUUUUGAUACUGGGUUCUUAAACGUCACAGACAUUCACACUUUGCAUUACGAGCAAGCUGGCAAUCCGAAUGGAAAUCCAGUAGUUUACGUUCAUGGUGGUCCUGGAGGUGGCAUAGGUCCUUCUGACCGUCAAUAUUUCGAUCCUAAGACCUAUCGUAUCGUAUUGUUCUCUCAACGUGGCUGUGGUCAAAGUACACCUUCCUCGUGCCUAGAAGAGAAUACAACUUGGGACUUGGUAGAAGAUCUGGAGAGAAUUCGAAAGCACUUGGGUAUCGAUCGAUGGGUUGUAUUUGGCGGAUCGUGGGGAUCUACUCUCUCGUUGACCUAUGCUAUCAAGCACCCCGAACAGGUCAAGGCACUCGUUCUUCGAGGCAUUUUUACGCUAAGAUACAAGGAACUCGCUUGGUUCUAUGAGAAUGCGAAUGGUGCUUCCUUUAUUUACCCAGAUGCGUGGGAAGAUUACAUUUCCAUUAUCCCCGAAGAAGAGAGAGGAAAUGUUAUGCAAGCCUAUCACAGAAGACUGACUAGUGAUGAUAUGGCCGUUCGUGAAGAAGCAGCAGCCAAAUGGUCAGCUUGGGAAAUGUCCACCAGCAGAUUGUUGCUAGAUGAACAAGCGGUGGCUAGAGCUGACGACGGCAAAUUCGCUCUGGAAUUUGCGCGUAUUGAGAAUCAUUACUUCGUCAACAAGGGAUUUUUUGAAACCGAUUCCUGGAUCAUUGAUAAUGUGGACGUUAUUAAGAAGCAUAACAUUCCUGGAGUGAUUGUCCAGGGAAGAUACGACGUUGUUUGUCCUGCCGUCACUGCUUGGGAGCUCCAUAAGGCAUGGCCCGAAGCUGAAUUUCAUAUAGUUCCUGAUGCAGGACAUUCUGCUAAAGAGGCAGGAAUUUCUGCUAAGCUGGUGGCAGCGACAGAAAAGUUCAAAGACUUGUAACAUAUGCAUUUAGCGCUUUACAUAAAGAUAUGAAAGAGUUUGAAUCUUCUGAAUGGUACCUUUUUCUUCUGAGUAAAAGCGGC